UGGUUACAACCUCCAUACAUGGUUAUGACGGCAUACCUGUCAUACUGUCAGUCCACAAGCUUCAUCGGAUGCAGGGCCUCCUGACUCCGCUUGGCGCCCGGUGAUCCGCCGUGUACACCAUCCAUCCCGGGUGGGGUCAUAUCCACUGACUGUCUCAUCACUCUUAAACGACGAGGGUGAAGAAGACCUUCUCCCUCCACCCUGCCUGCUUGCCAACCUCCCACAGGUAUGCCGUCCCUGUGCGUCCGCAUCCAUGGCGUCUGGUACAACCUGGAGCAUUUUGCCGCAGUGCACCCCGGCGGAACCCGGAACCUCCUGCUGGCGUCUGGCCGUGAUGCGACCGCCAUGUUCGAAAGCCACCACACGCUCAUGAACCGCGUCUACAUUGACACCGUCCUCGCCCGGCACCGCAUGGCCAACCAGGACAUGCAGACCUUGGAAGAGGCAGCUGGGAUCGACACUGCCAGCGACGACUUUGACUGGACGGAGACGCCCUUCUCCCGGGAGGUCAAAAGCGAAGUCCGCACCUACUUUCAGCAACUCGCCCGGUCAAGGGGAAUCAGCGUGCGGCACGCCAUCAAAGCGACACCUCCGCGGUGGUGGAUGUGGGGGACACUGGGCGUCUUGUAUAUCGCAGCAGUGUCGCAGUUGAUAAAGGGGACCCUGUGGGGAUUGUUCGCCGCACCGGUCAUGGCCUUUAUCUUUGGUUUCUCGACAUUCCACGAGACGACGCACUUUGCUCUGUCACCAUGGCCGCGGCUGGAUCAGUUCCUAUCCUACUUCUUCCCCUUUUGCAGCUCGCCGCUGUCCUGGCAAAUACAGCACGUUGUCGGGCAUCAUGCCUAUACCAACCUAUCCCACCGCGACCCUGACGUCCUACACGCACCGCACGUCUGGCGGUACCACCCCGAUACGCCGUGGGAGAAGGCAUAUUUGUGGCAGGCCAAUGUGUGCAAUGUCAUCACCGCGUGGGCCGUCGCCCUCGUUGCCGGCCUCACCUACGAGAACGAGAAACGUAUGCACCGCACCCGCAUGUACAACGAAGUUGUCCCUCUGCCGCCCCUCUCGGCGGCCCGUUGGUCCGCUCAUCUGGCGACGCGCAUAAUGACGUUUGUCACUAUGCUCGGAUGGCCGUUCGCGCUACUGCACCGGCACUCCCUCUGGUACAGGCUCGCGUUCGCCGUCGUGCCAUGGCUGAUGGUCUCGCUGCUCUUCAUGGCAAACUCCCAGCUGACCCACCUCGGCCACGACGCCAUCCGCGCCAGACACCGCGGCUGGUACGAGCACCAAGUGCUCACCUCGCAAAACUUUGGCUCGCCCACGCUCUUUUAUCUCAUCCUUUCCGGCGGCCUGUGCAACCAGAUUGAGCACCACCUCUUCCCCACCGUGAACAUGUGUCAUUACGCGGCGAUACAGCCCAUUGUGCAACGGCUGUGUCGCAAGUAUGGCAUCCGGUACACUAACUUCCCGGGUUACCGUGAAGCUUUUGCCUCUUACUUUCGUCAUAAUUCGGAGAUGGCUUUCGGGUCGGUGCAAUCUGAAACGAUCGAAGGACGCCUUUUUUGAUUAAAGGACACUAUCUCAACAACGCAUUGUACUGUAUCACUUUGUUGCAUUAUAAAAUUCAUUUUUUGGCCGCAUCUCGCCACCCUCAUCUUC